CUGUGAUUGAGCUGAUUAUGCGCUGGCUUAUAAAUACUGAAACACCACCGACGAAGAAAUUCAUCAGAUCCAAAAAAAUUUCACUUCUUUUCUUCUCUACGGAAAAUCUGCAUGAACUCUGGUUGGACUUCCCUAUAAUUCCCAUUCUUUUCUCUCCUUUUUCCUUGCAUUAAUCAACACCAUUUGACGACCACACCCACCUUUCUGAUCAGGGAUUUUGAGGAAGGACUUUAAGGCUUAGAAUUCAUAAUGUUCAGAUCAUCCCCUCGAAGGAGUCAGAGAUCCAAAGGCUUUAAGGUAAAGCAUGCUCUACAAAUCUUUAUUUUGCUUGGGGUUUGCGUCUGGCUCGUUUACCAAGUUCAGCAUUCUCGUGGUAAGAAAGCUACUUUCAAUGAGAGCACAAAACUUGAUGAGGUUGUGAAAUUAGGGAGGAAAGACCUCCAUCCGAGAGUUGAUGAAAACAUCAUAAGAGAUGAGAGCCACAGAGAGGAUGAAGAAGAAACCAGGAGUGAACUGGAAAAGGGUAUGUCUGGGAGUGAUAAUGAAGAAAAGGUGGGUGGGAACGAUGAAUUUCACAAUCAAGAAGAAGUUCAGGAGGAGACUGAGAAUAAAGAUUUUGUGGUGGAUAUAGAGAAAGAGAGAGAGGAGAACAGUGAGGUUAGGAAAGAAACAGAAAUUGAAGAGAACAAAGAAAUCGAAAGCGAAAACAAAGGAAAUGAAGAGAUUAAAGAGAAUGAUAAGGAAAAUGGGGAGAUUCAAAAGAGUCAGAGUGAUGAGAAUGGAGAGGAGGGUAGAGGGGGAGGGAUUGAAGAGAAUGUAAAUGAAGAAAGCAAAGGACAAGGCAAUCAAGAAGUGAAUGGAAACGAAGAAAGCAAAGGACAGGAAAAUGAAGAUGUGAAUGGAAACGAAGAAAGCAAAGUGCUGGAAAAUCAAGGCGUAAAUGGAAACGAAGAAAGCAAAGAGCAGGAAAAUCAAGGCGUAAAUGGAAAUGAAGAAAGCAAAGAGCAGGAAAAUCAGGAUGUCAAUGCAAACGAAGAAAGCAAAGAUCAAGGCGUAACUGGAAACGAAGAAAGCAAAGAGCAGGAAAAUCAAGAUGUCAAUGCAAACGAAGAAAGCAAAGGACAGGAAAACCCAGAGGUGAAUGGAAACGAAGAAAGCAAAGUGCAAGAAAAUCAAGACGUAAAUGGAAACGAAGAAAGCAAAGGGCAGGAAAAUCAAGAUGUAAACGGAAACGAAGAAAGCAAAGGGCAGGAAAAUCAAGAUGUAAACGGAAACGAACAAAGCAAAGUACAGGAAAAUCAAGAUGUAAAUGGAACUGAAGAAAGAAAAGUACAAGAAAAUCAAGACAUUAAUGGAAACGAAGAAAACAAAGUACAGGGAAAUCAAGACGUAAAUGGAAAUGACGAAAGCAAAGGGCAGGGAAAUCAAGACGUGAAUGGAAGUGAAGAAAGCAGAGGACUGGAAAAUCAAGAGGUGAAUGGAAACGAAGAAACUAAAGGACUGGAGAAUUCAGAGGUGAAUGGAAAUGAAGAAAGCAGAGGACAGGAGAAUCAAGAAGUGAAUGGAAAUGAAGAAAGCAAGGGACAGGAGAAUCAAGAAGGGAAUGGAAAUGAAGAAAGCAAAGGACAGGAGAAUCAAGAAGAAAAUGAAGGUAAAGAUAAGGUAAAUGAGAUGCCGACCGAAGACAGAAAGGAAAAUGAUAACGAGGAGAGAAGCCUGAGUAAAGAGAGUGGAACGGAGGAGAAGAAUGAAGAAAACAAAGAAAAUGAAAAUCAAGAGGAGAGGGGAAUUGAAGAGACAGAUAAAAAAGAUAGCAACAAUGCAGGAGAAAGAGAGAAGGAGAGUGGUGACAAUGAGAAGGAAGAGACCAAGGAGAAGUACAGAGAAGAUGUUAAUGUAGAAACCAAAGAGGGUAUCAGUGAGACUAAGGAAGGUUCCAAGGAUACCAUGGAAAACAACGGUAACGAGAACAAGGAGGAGAACAAAGAAAACGAGACAGUUAAGAAGGAAGAACAGAAGGAAGUUAGUAUUAAGAGUGUAAUUCCAGCUGAAGAACAGGUUCAAGAUGGGAAUGACAGGAGUAAUAACGAUGCAAGAGAAGCACAAUACAAAGGGGAUAAUGCUUCCAGUGCUGUACACGAAGAUCAAAACACAGCCACUGGAAAUGGGCAGGAUGGUUUUGCAAAACUAAAUGAGGUAGAGUCGGUUGAAAAUAAAGAAAACUAUGAGUCUCAGCAUAAGGAUGUACAGACAAGUCGCGAAGCUGUUGAUUCUGAUAAAUAUGAGUCAGUCCAAAAUGGAAGCGAAGCAGAAAAAAGUGGGAACAACCAAUCUGAGGUACCGGCAGAAGUGACUAAUAACAAUGAAGAGCAACCAGCGUCCAAGGAGAAUGACCAGCACCAGGAUGAUUCAGCUACUUCUAACGAGAAAACUUCUGAAACAGUUGAAGAAAACAGCAAUCUUGAUCUAGCUAACCCCACUCUCAGCAGUGAACAAAAAAAUUCAAGUCCAUCACAUUCAACUUCCACUGACAAUAUAGAAACUUCAAAUGAAGCAUCCCAAGAGUUGAAUACUUCUGAGCCCGAUCAAUCAGAUAGACAAGUGAGCCACAAUGAAAAUGAAAAUGCUGUUCAUAGCAACUCAAAUGAUGAUUCUUCAGGUCAAAAGAAUGACCAUGAUAAUCCUUCAGAUGUGUCAAACUCCCAAGAGAAUGAUGCAUCCUCAAGCACUACUGAAGGUGCUGGUGCUGGACGGCAUGACAAUGAGAACGUUGAUCAAAGCAAUGGUAAUUAUAACGAUCACCCGAAAGAAAAUUUUGAUUCCCACAAUGAGGGUGUCAUAUUUUCUGAUACAAACAGCAGUGAGGAUCAGGGUAAUACUGGUGAUUCUUCAGGGUCUUCUUUACCUCAGGAGGAGAAGGAUACUCGCACAGAUUUGGAUACCUUACCCGAAAGCAGAACAGAAGGGAAUAACAAGGAUGAAACAGCCACAGAGUGACAUCUUAUAUCCUCUUCAUAAGGAAUUUUCGUCAUUCUAUUUGUUUUCUGUUUUCUUAAGGAUCUUUAUUGUUUCUGAUUCUAUGCAGCAACACGUCCUUUAAGCAAAAAAAAAAAAAAAAAAAAAAAAUUAAGAAAAAGAAAAAAUAUAUAUAUACUUGCAUAUAUAUCGUUUUUGUUUUUGCUGCUGGAAGAAUUUGGAAAGCUAGGAUGAUUUUUGAGCAUUUGAUGCUUCAGAUUAGUUCAUUGAGUGGUCUUUUGAGAUUCAAAUUUUAGUAGAUACAUUUGUAAUCUUCUUUUUCUUUCCCAAUGUUUGUUGGAUGAUAUCAUGAUGGUGCUUGGUGGAACACCUUUUGGUGUCAGUUUUCU